AUGAAAUCCCUUCUGUUGGCCGGGCUUUUGGUUUUCAGCCAAUUCUCAGGAAUAUUGCGUGCAGAUUUGGUGGAUGACGUAUGCAUGAGGACCGAUUUUCCAGCCAUUUGCACGUCGACUUUAAGGUCGAACCCGGGCAGCGCUAGCGCCGACGUGAAAGGGCUUGCUCGCAUCAUGUUGCCAGUUGCGAGUGAGCCGGUUCUGAAGGCCAUGCUCAAAGAUUGUACUAAUGACUAUGGGGUCUCCGUCGUAAGUAGUUGUCUGGACGCUAUCCAAAAGUUUGAUAUGGGUAUUUUCCGCAUUGCUCAAGGGAAUAUGGAGGACAUUGCCGGAGGUGCAGAGUCUUGCAAAGAGGUCUUCAGUUGUGUAGAGGUCGGAUAUUCCCGGAAAAACCUUCUGCCAGCCAUGGCCAUCGCUGUUAACGGAUAG